CCUUUUCUUUUAUUUAUUUAUUUUUAUUAUUAUCGCCACCUUCAUUUAUUUCAUAAAAAAAUUUAUUUAUAACUCUUCUCACUCUCUCACUCACUUUCUCUCUCCUCUUUCACUUUCCCUUCACCAGUUACGAACCCCACCACCAUCGCCAGCAUCGAGGUUGGAGGAGAGAGAAGGCGAGAUCGAGGGGGAAAAAAUUUCAUUUUUUAGGGGGAAAAAAUCUCAUCUUUUUUUUUUGUCUAGAAACUUGUAAUUUUUAUUAGAUAGAUGGGAUCAUCAUCGGGGGCUUCUCCCUCUCCAAACAAUAGUUACGAUUACUCCUUCAAGAUUUUGUUGGUUGGGGAUUCUGGAGUUGGAAAAAGCAGCCUCCUUUUUAGCUUCACCUCCUCUCAUCUCGACGAUCUCGCUCCUACAAUUGGUGUGGAUUUCAAGAUCAAGCAUCUUACUGUUGCUGGAAAGAAAUUGAAGCUUACCAUAUGGGAUACUGCUGGACAAGAGAGAUUUAGGACGUUAACUAGUUCCUAUUAUCGAAGUGCUCAAGGAAUCAUGCUCGUUUAUGAUGUAACAAAGAGAGAAACUUUUACAAACCUAUCUGAUGUAUGGACCAAGGAAGUAGAACUUUAUUCAACAAACCAGGACUGUGUCAAAGUUCUCGUCGGAAAUAAAGUUGACAAGGAAUCUGAAAGGGCUGUGACGAGAGAAGAGGGAAUUGCCCUGGCAAAAGAAUAUGGAUGCUUGUUUCUUGAAUGCAGUGCAAAAACUCGAUCAAAUGUUGUGAAAUGCUUUGAAGAACUUGCGUUAAAGAUUUUGGAAAUUCCUAGCCUAUUGGAGGAAGGAUCUACAGUUGGGAAGAAAAAUAUAUUGAAACAGAAGCAGGAAUCUAAUUCGAGGCAAAGUUCUGGCUGUUGCUCAUAAACUCAAAGAGCCACAAGAAUUUGAAAAUACAACCAGUCUCCAAAGCAAUGGAUUUAGUGAUGGCAUACUUAGCCAUUCAUCAAUAUCCUGCUUUAAGAUCGUGUACAUGCGUUUGUAUUUGUUGACUUCUUGUUGAUUAUUGAUGUAUUGAUGUGUGAGUGGGGUGGAUUGGGGAAUCAAAGAAAGGAAAUUGUGAGUUUGUAUCAUAUCAUUGUAAUCGCUUGAGGUGUGUUCAGUUUGAUCCUUGUAUCCAUAAUUUUUUUUAUCAUUCAAAGAUAUGUGAGCCCAGAAAUAUGUAUUGCCACUCCUGCUCGAGCUACCCAGGAACUUGCGGUUUCUUACCUUGGCUGCUUUUCUGCAUGAGAGAGACAUUUUAAGAUGGCAUGCGAUUUUGAUGCAUGCCCUUAUUGUCAGAAUACACAACCUUGGACUUUCUCCUCUACCUUGAAUUGAUGUUUGAAAUUACUCAUGAAUCAGUUGCAGCUACUUGGGAUUAAAAUAAGGCUUUGCUUACUUCAUCAGCGUGAUAAAAGGGUUUGCUUGAUCUCUUGUAGUAUUUCCAUUUUAUCUUUUGGUUUUCGAUGUGGAAUAUCAUCGAUUUGGAACCUGUGUAUUUGUUGUAUUUCUCCUUCCAGUAUUAUGAAAAGCAUUUCCUUGAA